UUUCACGAUGCAGUCCCUCAUGGAUCACGGUCGUGAUUGUAGCAGAUCACGGGCACGUGACCACCGUACAAUAAACGACGGGACACACAUCGACGAGAACGUAGCCAAUGACCAGCCAACUGACAACACUCGCCUCAUCGUGGAUGAAGGAGGCCGCACCACCAUGCAGGUGAUGGCAGCGGCGCCGAGGAACGGCCAAUCACGCCCAGAGAAACGUCACAUUAAGUAUUUUUCGCUGGCGGAAAAAGUAAGCGCCAUUGAUCGCGUCCACGGUGGCGAGAGUAAAGCCUCUGUUGCUCGAGAUAUCGGAGUCGCUGAGUCCACAUUGCGCGGAUGGUGCAAAUCAGAACACAAAAUUCGCAGCCGGUAUAACAAUGUGGCAAUUGGGAUGGGUCCGCGACACGCGCCAGUGAACAUCGGUCGCUCAAUGUCGGCAAAUGGCCGACAAUCACUUGCUACACCGGACGAAGACGCUCCGGUAGCAAAAAAGGCGAAAAUAGAUCGUACCAGUCGGCAGAACAUUCCGCAGACUAUAUUGCCAGGUCCAUCUACUAGUUUAGCGGGUAGUCUCAUAGGCCACAAUUACAAUUCAGAUUAUGCUGCUGCUUUGUUUGCUCCAAUGAUUUCUAGUGCCCAGCAAAAUAUAAGUACAAUAUGGCCCACUCUGGAUAUAAUGUCACGCAACUACGUUAGCUUUGCAGAAAACGGGUUACAAUAUACCUGGACAAAUAAUACCAUAUUACCCACAAUAGCCAGUAGCACGAUUGUUAGUAAUUCCGCCAUCAACACUAGCAGCAUUGAUGGCGUUCGCAACACGAUGGGAAAUAUGAUCGGUAACGUUAUGGGGAACGCAUUGGACUAUACUACCGGUAAUAGAAACAUCGCCGUUGCGUCAACCCAAGGUAUCUCCAGUUCUUACACGCGAAAAUCACCAAGUAUGACACCUGCGGCUGAAGCAUCCACAACACCAGCUCCAGCAUCAUCACUGCCAAAGAAAGCUAAUUGCACUCGUGAAAGUAAAAAGACUAAUAUAGAUUUAGCUUUGAGCGGUAAUAAUAUCAUCGGUAACAUUGUCGGCGAUGACAGCAGCGAGAACAGGGCUCGCAGUCACAGUGUCUUGAGUGAAAGAUCGGAGAGUCGCGAGAAUGAAGAUUCUUCCAUUACCGCGGCUGAAAGAGGUACGCUAACGACACCGCCCGUGAUCGAACCAACAUUUUCCUCAGAAAUUAUGCAGGCACUGCGGGUCGCCAAGAUGAAUCCCAACAACACUGGGAUCGAACAGGCGAUCGAAUAUGGCACUUGUCUUCAAAAAUGGUUGAACAAUUGUUCAAUACCACUGCUGGCUAAGAAACAGCUGCGUGAACACAAAUACAUUGUGGAUGUUCUCAAGUCGGUUAAAAACGUACAAUUAAAGCCGCAGUCGGAAGUGGUGCCGGAAACUUGUAAGGCAUCAGCGGGAUCACAUGAUGAAGGGACGCAACUAUGA